AUGGUUGUGCCACGUUCGUCGAGUGUUCGGGGUCCGUGUCUAGCGGCGGUGACGCUCGUGGCCCGGCUGGAGCUGCGGCCACCGCGCACGCGCGCCGCGGCCUCGCUCGGCGGGCGCCGCACGUCGCACGCCGCACAUCGCGCUGAGCGCCGCGCCGGACCCCCGCCGAGCGCGCGGCGGCGGCCGCAUGGCGCACGUGACGUGAGGAGCGCCAUGCGCGCGCUCACGCCGCUGUUGCUGCUGCUGGCCGCCGCCGCCACCGCCGCCACUGAAACCUCGCCACCCGCGCUGCUCGUGCUUCGGGCUGCCUGCCCUGCGCCGCUAAACCACCUAUUCCAGAAGACGAGCCUCCAGCAGUAUGAGCCCGCCCGCCCACUCCUAGCUUCACACCGACUGCGUGCUCUAAGUUACGAAGAGACCUGCGGACCGGAAUGGAGGCAAGCGGUGACGAGAGCUUCACUCGCAGCACUGAGCGAGGGCAGCGCGGUGCUGAGCGCAGGUUGGCCCGGCGCCGACGCGUGCGAAGCUUUGGUGGCGGGCGCGCGUGCUCUUCGUCGUCCUCCACCCGUUGUGUGUGCUGUGGGAGAAGCGAGGGGCGCCGCCGUCGCUCAUCUCGCUCGAGAGCUACGUUGGAGCCGCGUUCUAUUGCCGCCGGCCACACCACGCUCCGAAUGUGCCGCGGCGUUGCGAGACAUAGCACGAGCUCUGACUGGGGCUGGUCUCGCCUUGCGUAGGGCCCCGCUGACUAUACAUGAAAUGGCGCGGAAACCUCACGUUGUGAUUCUAUGUGCCUCUCAUCGCGGGACGUGGUCGGGCACAUCUGGUGCGUCGCUCGGGGACGAGGGUUCUGGUCCGCCGUUGCUUCUCGUGCACGUCGAGGAUCCAAACCAAACGCCGCGCGUCGCGCCUCUUAUGGCACCCUCUACUUCUCGUCCCGUAACAAACCAAAAAAUCAAUGACGCUUUCCAAUUAAGCAAUAUCAGUUUAGUAUUAAGCCAAUCUUUAUAUUCUCGAAGUACCCAAAAUAAGUCUUAUGAUAAAAAGGACGCACGUGAUAAGGGUCACAAUCCCCUAUACUCUUUGCGUCGGAGAACGACUCGAUCGACCUUGAGGUCCGCUCAGUACCGAGAGAUGCAGUCUACAAACGAUAAUACCAAAAUAAAUUCCGUCCGAUUUCGAUCGCAAAACGAUAAUUCAGGUGUGAUUCCACUGCCUGGUGACCGCCAGUCUGCAGUGAUUGAGUUCCUUCGUUCCAAAACUAAAGGUGAGAGCAGAGGAAGUAGUCGCGUCCGUCGACGUGAGUUAUCCCACACACUUUAUUCUGAUUUCCAAGUCGACUAUGUCGAUGCUCUUUUAUCUAGACUUCGAGUUUCUUAUUUUAAAUGCUUAUUGCUUCUCACCGACGAGGACCUGCAUACACAAUUGAGUGAAGAUGAUGUUUACCAAAAAAUAACCGAGGCUAUCGAAAGCGAUUCAAAAUCAGAGCGAACUCGUUCGGAAUACAGUAAAGUGCACUUUCAUCUAUACGAACAAUCGAACAGCUCCAAUGAAACAUGGCAACGAGCAGUGGUACUGGAGACAACCUCGAGCAGGUCGCUAGAUUCUGCUGAGGAAUGGCAGCACGCUGUCAACUUUUCUAAUGUAAGCGUGGAUGUCGACACCUGGAUAGCAAGAGCACCUCGCGAAGAGCGUAAUGUUAGGCCAGCCGGCGGUGCGCUCUGGGCUGGAGUGGUGAGCUGCACAUUAGCGUUGGCGAGCAUCGUGGCGUUACUUGUGCGCUGGAUGGCACGUCGGCGCAGACGUCGUCGUCGCCGCGAAGACGCCGUGUUAUCGCCCGUUGACUUUACUUUCCCUGUGGAUGAGCCACGACGCGUAGGUGAGGGUAUGGAGACGAUGCUGUCGUGCUGGUUACAACAGCUCCACGAGUUUGGUGGGCCCGAGCUCGAACGCCCAGACCUGCUGAAGCAACCACCGCGGGCAGCGCCUUUGGUACCUUCGGCGCCUUCUUCCACCUGCAGCGUGAACCGAGUCACUGUCGACCGCCGCAUCCGAUAUAAGGGGGAUGUAGUACAUGUGAAAUACCUGCCGGGCACCACCGCGCUCGAGCUCAAGCGCAAGGCUACCGACGUCUUAUUGGUCAUGCAGAAUCUGAGACAUGAAAAUUUGAAUCCAUUUAUAGGCUGUCUGUGUGAAAUACGUGCUGCGCUUGUAUUCGACCACUGCUUGCGCGGUUCGCUAGAGGACGUUUUGAUGGCAGACGAGAUCAAGCUGGACUGGACAUUCCGCCUGUCGCUACUCACCGACCUCGUGAAAGGCAUGCGCUAUCUUCACAGCUCCCCACUACGUGUGCACGGGCGCCUCACGUCUCGCAAUUGUGUGGUGGACUCGCGGUGGGUGCUGCGCGUCACAGACUACGGACUGCCCACGCUCCAUCGCACCCAAGGAAUCCCGCACGCGUAUCGUUCUGCUAGAGAUCUGCUGUGGACAGCGCCCGAACUAUUACGUGAGCCUCGGGGGGAGGGGCGGGGCUCGCAGUCCGGAGAUGUGUUCUCAUUUGCCAUAAUUAUGCAGGAGGUGAUCGUUCGUGGCGAACCCUAUUGCAUGCUGUCGCUGACGCCAGACGAGAUCGUGGAGAAAGUGUCGCGGCCGCCGCCACUGAUCCGGCCCUCCGUAUCAAUGGGCGCUGCGCCGCCAGAGGCCGUGAGCGUUAUGCGCCAGUGCUGGAGCGAGGCGCCGGACCUGCGUCCUGACUUCUCACGUCUGCACGACAUCUUUCGGCACUUACACCGGGGCAGGAAAAUAAAUAUUGUUGAUUCUAUGUUCGAAAUGCUGGAAAAAUAUAGCAACAAUUUAGAGGAGCUGAUCAGGGAACGAACUGAGCAGCUCGACAUGGAGAAGAAGAAGACUGAGCAACUGCUGAACAGAAUGCUACCGAGGUCUGUGGCGGAACGGUUACUGUUAGGGUCGCGAGUGGAGCCCGAGGAGUUUGCGGAGGUGUCCAUAUACUUUAGCGACAUCGUCGGCUUCACGGCUUUGGCGGCGCGCUCCACACCCGUGCAGGUGGUUGACCUGCUUAACGAUCUCUACACUACGUUCGACGCCGCCAUCGAGCAAUACCGCGUGUACAAAGUCGAGACCAUCGGCGACGCCUACAUGGUGGUGGGAGGACUGCCCGUCCGUACGCAAGACCACGCGCAAAGUAUCGCCACCAUGGCCUUGCAUCUCCUGCACCUAGCUGGGCGUUUUCGCAUACGCCACCUGCCCGACACUCCGCUCCACCUGCGCAUCGGUCUGCAUUCUGGGCCCUGCUGCGCUGCUGUCGUCGGCCUCACUAUGCCCCGUUACUGUCUCUUCGGCGAUACUGUGAACACUGCUUCGCGAAUGGAGUCCACAGGUGCAGCGUGGCGGAUACAAGUGUCGGCGACGACCGCCGAGCAUCUCAGCGCAGCCGGCGGGUACCGAUUACGCUCACGAGGCUUGACGCAGAUCAAAGGCAAAGGCGCCAUGCACACCUAUUGGCUACUAGGAAAGGACGGAUUCGACAAGCCGCUUCCGACACCGCCAGCUUUAGAAUCCGAGGAAGUCUUGUUUGAAACGGAUGGUGAGAACGAAAGCGACACGUUAUCCGCGCGCACAUCGACACCAGUGAGGAAUUCCUCUAGUAUCGAGCCUCGAACCGAUCCGUUGACAACGCCGGACAAACAAGCCAUGUGGCAACAAUCGGGCGCCGUGUCGGCUGACAGCAGCCCGCCGCGUAUCCCUCGCACCGUGCACGUCGCGUCCAGUGUCGACCAAAGCGCGCAGUACUCCCGCUACAGAUGUUUGGGCAACGGGCGCCGUCCGUUACGACGCCAGUGGUCGCUGGAGCGCGGCGAUGCGCUGGCGGCGGCAGCAGCGGGCGCGGCGAGUGCGUCGGCGCCGCCCUCUCCGCCGGAGCCGCUGGCGCUGCUGAGCGCCGCGCCGCCCGCGCCCCGCGCCGCCGCCCGCUACCGCACGCGGCCCGAGCGCGACGCGCCCCCGCACGGCCCGCCCUAG